AAGAAUGUGUGUCCCUGUACGUUUGGCAGUAGUUUGAUGUUUGCUAGGUCAUGUGCAAGGAUGCGCUCUUUAGCGUACUGGUUAUGUGUCUUGUCCGUGUUGCACGCAUUAAACGCCCAGUUUAUUACGUUUGAGGAGUAUCUCCGGCUUCAACCCCAUCGAGGGAGGUAUGUGUCAUGUAACCUGCAUGUCAGCAAGCGGACUUCGACCGUCACCAAAGUUUGCACUGGUGGCUCCAGCGGUGCUGAGAGUAGAAACUAACGAAAACAUCCUGCUAGAGGCAUUUGGACUUUCUCAGCCCGUCAGUGUUUCCGUUUCUGUGUACGAUUUUCCAGCCAAGUCGCAUCAACUCUGGCAGGGAAGCGUCACCCUCAACUCGGAUAAUAACUACAACGUCCUCCAAUCCAUCAAGAUCAAUCCGAGUGUCCUGCAGCGAGAAGAGAAAGAGACCAAGUAUGUAGAGCUGGUGGCCCAGUUUGGAGACUUCCAGGAGGUUAAGUACAUCAGUAAGGUGUCCUUUCUGUCUGGAUACAUCUUUAUCCAGACAGACAAACCCAUCUACAACCCAGGAGACACAGUGCGCAGUCGAGCUUUUGUUUCGAAUGCUGCUUUUCAGGCUUUCAGUGGCACCAUUUCUGUUGAAAUCCAGAAUCCUGAUGGAAUAACGGUCUAUACCACAGGGAGGAGCAAAGCAGAAAAUGGUGUUUUCUCCAACACCUAUGGCCUCUCGGACAUUGUCAAGGAGGGCAAGUGGAAGAUUAUUGCUAAAUUCGACCACUGGAAAGAGAACACGUUUAGUGCGGAUUUUGAGGUGAAGAAAUACGUGCUUCCAGCGUUCAAUGUGACGCUAAUACCGCAAAACGCCCACUUCAGUUUGGACGGUCAGGAGUUGAAGGUAGAAGUUCACGCCAGGUAUGUGUAUGGUGAGAAAGUGAAAGGCGUCGCAUACGUGGUGUUUGGAGUGGAGAAGAAUGGAGAGAAAGUGCGACUCCCCUCCAUGAAGCAAGUGAAUAAUCUGGACGGUGGGACGGCCACUCUGACCAUCGAUGAGCUUAGGAAGGCCUACUCAAACAUCAACAGCCUCGUAGGCUCGUCCAUAUACAUCAAAGCUUCCGUCUUGACCAGCUCAGGAAGCGACCUAGUGGAAGCAGAGAAGUCGGGCAUCAAAAUCGUCUUGGCACCCUACGUGCUCGCCAUUAAAGACACGUCAAAGUUUUAUAAAUCGGGUCUACCUUUUGAUAUGACGGUUACAGUUAGUCACCACGAUGGCUCACCGGCUCCGAACGUCCCUGUUAAAAUCAACUUGGUGCCCACUCUGUUCACAUUGCACAGCGGUACCAUCAAAGCAUCUCUGAACAUGCCUUCUGAUAUAAAGCUUAUAACAGCAGAGACGCUCGUCCCAGGAUUGAGGCAGGAUCAGCAGACGAAGGCUAAUUGGAUCGUGCAACCGUACACGCCUUUUAAUCCCGAAAAGCCGAACCAGCUUCACGUCAUGCUAGACAAGUAUACCGGGCAAGCUGGACAGACUUUAAACUUCCAACUGCACCUGAGCACUUUCUCAGAGAAAGAGAAAAACUUCCUACAGCACGUUUCCUACAUUGUGCUGAAUAAAGGGAGAAUAAUCCGUACUGGCAAGAUUGACAUCAAGGGGCAUGAAAUGACCAACUUUCCCCUGCUUCUGACUUCAGAGAUGAUGCCUGCGUUCCGCUUCGUGGUGUACUACAUACUGCCUUGGAGCUCCAUAAUCGAGGUGGUGUCCGACUCCAUUUUGGUGGCCGUGGAGAGCAAUUGUGUGGGAUCACUUAAAGUUGAACCGUUGGCGGGUGAGGUGAUGUCCUCGUACUCGCCAGGCGACAGCUUAAGCUUUCAAGUGAGGGGCGACCCUGGAGCCAAGGUCAGCCUUGUUGCUGUGGACAACUCCGUUUUCCUGCUGAGUAAGGGCCGCCUGACACAGAAGAAGGUUUGGGAUACGUUGGGACAGGGCGAUUUGGGCUGCUCUUCAGGUGGAGGGAAGGACAGUAUGGGUGUGUUCCAGGAUGCAGGAUUACAUUUUCAGUCAAGCUUCGGUGUUGUAACCGAUUCAAGCCAAGCGUGUUCCUCGAAGUCCAGGAGAAAGCGUUCUGCUGAGCAGCUGCGUCUCAAAGCCCAGCUGGAGCAAUCCUAUUCCGAGCAGUUUCUACAGCGCUGCUGCUCUGAUGGCAUGAGGGACAUCCCGAUGGCGUACUCGUGUCGCCGUCGUGCUCUUUACAUCACUGAGGAGUGGAGCUGCGUGAUCGCUUUUCUCACGUGCUGCUCAAAGUACAGGCGUGAAGAGCUGGGCGUAGUCACCCCACCACCACCCACCACUCCAGAGCCAACCACUACUCCAGAGCCAACCAUUUCUGAGUCAAUAUCCACCUUUUACUUCAGACCUGUGAGCCGGCAUUUUAUUAGAGGUGAAUCCUUAAUGCUCGGAUUCGUUCCUCGUCUCCGUGAAGAAACCUUAACUAUCCAAUAUGCUCGUGUAGUCCCGGCACCAGAAGCAGAAAUAGAGGAUCACGAGGACUUUGAGCAGGUUGAUGAGGACAAUAUGCUGGAUGAAAGCGACUAUGAGAUUGAUGACAUUUAUGUUCGCAAAAGUUUGGAAUCGUGGCUGUGGACUGAUGUUAAACUUCCUGGAACGCCUGGGACUGAUGGAUUGGCUGUUAUGCCUGUGGAAGACGUUCUCCCAGACAGCAUCACUCAAUGGGGCAUUUUGGGUGUCAGUGCAUCAUCUAAAACAGGAUUCUGCGUAGCCGAGCCGUUCAACAUCCGGGCUUUUAAGCGUUUCUUUAUCGACCUCCGCCUUCCUCGCACUGCAGCCAGAAACGAGCACGUGGAAGUCAAGGCCGUGCUGCACAACUACAUGAAUGAGAACUUGACGGCGCUGGUGAUCCUGUCAAAAACGGUGGACAUGUGCAGUGUGGCAUUUACUGGGGAUCACAAGCAGGAGGUUUUUGUGCGAGCUCAAUCCUCAGUGCUCAUUCCCUACACUGUAAUCCCGCUCCAAGCAGGAGCGCUCCCCCUGCAGGUCACUGCUGUGUCACGCAGCCUGAGUGGACAGGACGCCAUUAGAAAAAUCCUUCACGUGGUGGUGGAGGGCGUUCAGAAGAUGAACGUGAGGAGUUAUGUGUUGAAUCCUGCCACAAAAGGAGACAUCGAUGGAAAUCAGGCGAUUCGGGUGGAUAAAGUUAAACUGAGUUCUGUGGUCCCCAACUCGCUUCCUGAAACGUUUGUUAACGUCAGAGGUCAUUUGAUUGCAGACAGCAUCGAUAACUCCAUCAAUCAGGACUCGCUGGCGGCGCUGAUCCGGAUGCCAGGAGGCUGUGUGGAGCAGAACCUGGCUAGCAUCACGCUGCCGCUCAUCGCCGUUCACUACCUGGACCGCAGCUCGCAGUGGGAGAGUGUGGGAAUGCAACGCAGAGAUGAGGCCCUGAAGUACAUUAAGAAAGGCUACGACAACCAGCUUCAUUAUCGCAAAACGGACUACUCCUAUCCACCGUACAGAAAUGAAGGAACCAGCACCUGGAUCACAGCGUUCGUGGUGAAGGUGUUCUCCAUGGCUUAUCCGUUCAUCACGGUGGAUAAUCAAAACAUCUGUGGCCCCCUGCUCUACCUGCUUAAGCACAAGCAGCUCCAUUCUGGAGCGUUCAAGGAGGACAACCCGGUCUAUACCACCUCCAUGACGGGAGGUCUUCGGGGUGCUGAAUCCAGUGAAACUCUAACUGCGUUUGUACUGAUAGCCUUGGCUGAAGCUAAGGGUGCUGUUACAUGCAAUGAUCCAGAAAUAAACAUAGAGGUGAUGUUCCAAAGAGCAGGAGAUUACCUGAAAGAGCGAUACCACCGGCUGCGCAGGCCGUACUCCGUCGCCAUUGCAUGUUACGCUCUGGCUGUGAGCAAUCAAGGCUGCGCAAAGAGCGUUUUGCUGAAAUCGGCAUCAGCAGACCGCACACACUGGCCGGAUGCAGACAAUUCCUUAUUUGCGCUGGAGGCGACAGGUUACGCACUGCUGGCCCUUCUUGAAGGUGGACAUUUUGAGGAGGCGGCUGCUCCGUUCAAUUGGCUGAAUCAGCAUCGACGGGUCGGGGGAGGAUAUGGAUCCACCCAGUCCACCAUGGUGGUGCUGCAGGCGCUGUCUAAAUACCUGGUGAAGAAACCUUCUCCAGCUGACAUGAACCUGCACGUGGACCUCAGUGUUCCUGGUCGCUCGGAUGUACGCUGGGCUUUUAACUCCAAACUGGCCCAUGUGGCACGUUCCGCUAGGGUUCCUCUCGAUCAGGACUUUACGGUGCUUGCCUCAGGAAAUGGCCAAGGAAUCCUUGAGGUGCUCACAGUUUACAACGAGUUGCCAGAUGUGCAUGAGAAGAGCUCCUGUAAUGGUUUUGAUUUGAAUGUUUCCAUUAUGGAAAGCAACGAACGGCCUCCAGCAGAUGGAGAGAAGGUGUACAAACUCAGCAUCGACGUGAGGGCUCUGGCGCAGCAGCAAAUGCGCAUGGUGGUGCUCGACAUCAGUUUGCCUACUGGAUUUGAACCCGAAACCUCGGAUCUCGAGCUGCUGACCAACGCUGUGGAUCGCUACAUCAACAAUUUCCAAGUGGUGGACAAUCUGAGCGAUCGAGGUUCCCUCAUCAUUCAUCUGUUCAAGGUCUCCAACAAAGAGGCAGACGUCAUUACGUUCAGGCUGAACCAGAAAUUUAAAGUGGGCCUACUGCAACCGUCUACAGUUACUGUCUACCAGUAUUACAAUCCAGAUAAACGCUGCAGCAGGUUUUACACUCCACCGGAGGACAAGGAGCAGCUCAGUCAGAUCUGCAAAGGCAACGUUUGCCGCUGCACGCAGGGCGACUGCUGCGUGAUGAAGACAACUGCUCAGACAAACGUAGCGAGGCAUAAUGUUGCAUGCAGCGGAAAUCACCACGUGUACAAGGUCCGAGUGUUGAGCGUGAGUAUGAGCCAGUAUGACCGAUAUGAGAUGCAGAUCCUGCAGGUCAUAAAAGAAGGCUCAGAAGUUGGUCUAAAAGGAAAGGACACACGUGUGUUUCUCUCUCACGCUGGCUGCAGGGCGGGGCUGAAUCUGCUUAAAGAUCAGGACUACCUCAUCAUCGGUCCACCCUCUGACAUCUGGCAAGCAGGCAGUGAUGAAAACAGGUACACGUACACUCUGGGAAAGGGGACGUGGGUGGAACACUGGCCGUCACCAGCUGAUUGUAAUGCUCAGGCGCAAGACAAAUGCAAGCAGCUGGAGCAAUACGCGUCGGAAUUAGCGGACACUGGCUGCCGGACCUAAAAAAUAAAAAAAAAACACACAGGGUUGUCCAUGUUGUCUUCAACACACACCUUUGUGCUUGUGUGCAUGUUAAAGUGUCUAUUUUACGUACAGAACCUGUAGCAUAGUGAACCGUUUCCUAUACAAACAGCACACGGAUCUAAAUAAAGCUUUAUAUUAACACUGA